GCGGGCCGAGGGCAGGCCUGGGCCUCGAGGGCCGGACCGGAAGCCCGGGCGGGAGCCCCGCGUGAGUCCGGCCGGCGCCGGAGGAUGGCGGGCCUCGGAUGGAGCCGCUGGGGCCGCCCUGAUGUGGGGAGCGCCCUGGGGAGGUGAAUGCAGUGGCGCUGGAGAUGGGGUGGCCAGCGAGGCCUUCCCCCGGCGGAGGCUGACGGGAACCGAGGAGCCGCCUGACAAAAUGGAUUCCAGGCCUCACGCCGCCGGGAGGUGGGCUUUUAUGGCCGGGUUCGGAGACCGGACACGGAGCCUCCCGUCAGCCUAAGAGGGCGAGAGCCACAGCGUGUGGGCGAGGAGGAUGCCGGCCUUCCUGCCGCCGGAAGGGUUACUCGGUCGGACAGAGUCGCUGGCAAUACAUUCAGUGCAGCUGGUGCAAAUGCAUUCAAGAAGGAAGCGUCCAGCCGCGGAAGACAAAACGCCUAAUGACAACGUGUAUUGUCGCCUUCCCUGGGAAGACAGGAGGGACCCGGGCCGUCCGCGUUCCAGCUGUUGCUAAGCAACAAGGGCUUUGUUCUGUUUGUUUUUUUCUGCCCUGGUUUGUUCCUGCCCUAUACUCCUUUGGUCGAGAAAAAAAUACUUACCUUAAAAAGAAAAAGAAAAAAACAAAAACCCCACCUUGUCGACAUUUAGAAAGUCAAGUCAAUACUGUUAGGAUAAAUUAGCCCGUUCUCAACUAUUGGACAUACAUGUUUUAUUGUUAAAGAGAAAGGAGUCAUCAGAAACACCUUACUUACAGUCAUCCCAUAUUCUAAGAAAAGCUAUGGAUAUACAUUCACAGUACACACCUGGAAAGAUAAGUAUCUCUGAACGGUCCAUUCUUUCAGGAACAAAGGCUGUUGAGAGUGCAGAUUACCCACACUACUGUAAUCUCUUAAGGAAAAUGAACAUGCCUUUUGUGAAAGGAAUUGAGGACAGACAUGACUCUGCUAGAAUGGAAAAGAAAUGCAACCCUACUUUUCUUAAAUUUCACCCUUAUCCCCCUUCAUUCGUACCAGGCUAUCAUUUACACUAUCCUUAUCCCCCACCAUAUGGGCCAGAUUAUCCAUUAUUUCCACUCCGUGAUGAUGUACCCUUAGGUGAUCCCUGUUCAGGGUUCAUGAGUCCUGGUGGCGAUGCUGAGUUAAAGCCUGGCAUUGGAAGAACCAUCCCAAGUCUGGUGGGUUUUAGUGACGUGAAACCCCAGCAACGAGUUCCCAGGCCAGAUACGGGAUUUCAAACGACGCUAAAAAGGCAAAAAAUUUUAUUAGAAGAACUAAAACAAGACAGAAAAUGGAAUUCCAGGGCAACAUCAGAUAUUUCCAUCAGAGCAAGACUUGGAGGCUGGACCAGCCCGGUGAGAGUCACUCCUAAGCAGCCUCGGCAUGAAGAGAGCUCAGUCACUCACACGUACACGUUCGAUGAGGAAGUGGCCUGUAAAGAGGACGGAGAGCCACCUUCACAACCAAACAAGAAGUGUGAGGCCAAGGACUUGUUUUAUAAGUCCUCAACACAAAAAGCUUACGAAAGCGUUCCUUGGGACAAGAUGCUGCCACCAAAACUCGAUCCAGAGGAGACAACAGUGGAGAGAGCUGCCGACCUCGUCUCACAGUGUUUCACACAGAAAAGAUACGAACGGAUCCCAGCAUUAACUCAGAUGGUCGGUGGACUCUGGGACAGAUUUCAAACAAGAUCUUUCUUGGUACCAGCAAAGCCAGUUAAUUUUGUGAGUCCAAGUUCUAGAAGCAAGUACAUUCCUCACUACACUGGCCACGUGCAGUCCACCAACGCUGACGACAUUGACAACCCCUAUGGGGACAUCACAUCUCUGGCCAGGCCUCGAUGCUCCAAAAUCCUUUACUCAAACACAAGCUGCUCUGCCAACAUCCCAGGGUACACGGGGAAGGCCCAUUUCACAGCCACCCACCCGGCAAAUUCCCACGUGCCCGCCGCCGUCCCCUCGCUGGACUCCGAGGUGCACCGUGUCUUGAGGAAAGACAUGGCCGUCACCCUCUUCCGUCGCCAGGCACCGCUGUCCCAGAUGGUCACAACGGUGAAGCCCUACAACCCCUUCAAUAACAGGAGGCAAACUGUAGGCUACUGAAGAGUUGCCGUCCGAGCGAGCGAGACUCGACCCCUCAGCCGUGGGAGGGCUGUGCUGGGCCCGUGGGAAUAAAAGACCG